UUUUCGAUCACAUCAUCGCCAUCAAUCGUUGUUGUCAUUUGUCAAGGUUUUGUUGUUUUGAUUGCAUAACAUAAUCCUCCAUUCUAUAUCGAUUAUUGGUCAAUCAUCAAAUGAAAUAAAAAAAACGGAUUUUGAUUUCCGGAAAAUGAUCAACGGAUAAAUUUAUCAAAUAUAAAAAUUGACUGGAUUUUUAUAUAAAUAUUGAAAAAAAACGAAAACAACAACAACAACAAUAAAAUUGAUAUAUAAACAAGCGAAAACGCACUUCAUAAUCUCACCAUAAACGGGCGGGAGUGUACAACAAGGUGGCUGACGAUUUGGCAGUAAAUUCUGUGGGCGAAAUUCGCGUUGGGCCAGCACACCAGGCACGCUUGCCCGAUUGCAAACUGGAUGUGUCGCCUCGUGAGAUGCCCGAAAAAUGCGAAUUAUUAGAAGAGCUGAGAUGGAUGCCUGGACUAGAAGAAUGCGAUCUAAAAAUGUAUCUGCGUGCGGCUAGAAGCAUGGCUGCAUUCGCCGGUAUGUGUGAUGGUGGAUCAGCUGAAGAUGGAUGUCUAGCCGCUUCCAGGGACGAUACAACUAUAAACGCUUUACAAUUGUUGCACGAAAGCAAUUACGACACUGGUAAGGCUCUACAAGCUCUUGUCAAAAGUCCAGUGCCAAAAGGCAUUGAUAAAAAAUGGACUGAAGAAGAGCAGAAACGAUUCGUUAAAGGUUUACGAUUAUAUGGAAAAAAUUUCUUCAAAAUUCGCAAAGAAUUAUUAUCACAUAAAGAAACGCCCGAUUUGGUCGAAUAUUAUUAUCUUUGGAAGAAAACUCCACAAGCGGCUUCGGCACGACCACAUCGUCGUCAUAGACGUUGUGUACUUCGACGAAUCCGUACACAAAACAAUAGUAAUAAUAACAGUAAUAAUCCUAAUGUUCAAAACAAAUCAAAUUCGAACAAAGAUAACGAUAACGUAGCCGCUAGUUCUGCAAGUGAAGACGAAGCCGAUCAAACUGACGAUUCGGAUUCACAAAUUAACAGUGACCUUGCCUGUAGUAAUUGUAAUACAAUAGCCAAAGAACUACAUCAAACAGGCAAAGAUCGUUCAUUGUUGUGCAAUGAAUGUCGAAGUUAUCUGAAAAAAUUUGGUGAACAUAGACCUAUUUGUGUUAAUAAAUCAUCAUCAACGACAACAUCGACAACAACAACUGCAACGACCGAUCUAAUUAAUAAAUCGACAUCUUCCAAUCUACAUAUUAAUAAUAAUAAUAAUAAAAUGGAAGAUGAACAAUUCUCAACGACGGCAAGCCAAUUGAGUAAUGGCAAACCAAAUUUACGUGUACGACGAAACAAAAGCGAUAAAAGUAGUAAAUUUGAAUUAAAUCGCGGUAAUUCAAAAUCAUCUGAAAAUAGUAGCCCUGAACGUAAUAGUGAUGCAAAUCCAUUAGAAAAUGAGACAACUAAUGGUGAUGCUACUUCCGUUACAAUUUCCGGUACUAGUAAUGAUAAUAAUAAUGAAAACAAAAAGAAUGAUACAAUUCUUAACAUCAGCAAUAAAAAACGACAUUAUUCCAGUGUCAAUAACAAUGACAAUUUUAAUGGUUGUGAUGGCAAUAAUCAACAACAAGAAUCAUCAACAAUAAAUGAUGAACAGCUGGACAAUGAUAUUAAACGGAAAAAAUUAUCAUCAUCAUUGGAUGAUGAUGAUGAUGGCCUUGAUUCCGAUCAAAGUAAACCGGAUGAAUCGGCUAUUAAUCUAAAUGAAGAUGUAAAUAAAAUUAUCGAAAAAAUCAAAGACAGUUCACCGGAAAAUGAUUCACAAGAUAAUGAUGAUGAUGACGAUGAUAAUAGUGGUACAGCAGCUAAAAUGACCAAAAGUGAAUAUCGAGAUUCAGAUGAUGCCGAUGGUACGAAUAUGACUGAUGUUUCUGCCAAACUAGAAUCCAUUGAAUCGAAAAAUGGUCUAGAUACAAAAGAUUCUGAUGAAACAAAAUUCUCCGAUAGAAUUCGUGAAGAUGAUGAUCAAAUGAUGAUGAAAUCGACCAAAGAUGAUUCGAAUGAUGGUGGUCAUUUGGAUGGUCAACAAAAAUCCGAAUCAUCAUCAAUUGAGCCAUCAUCAUCUGAUCAUUUGGAUCAUAAACCAACACUGAUCAAAGAUGAACCACCUUAUUCACCACCACAAGAUCUAUCAUCGUCUUCAUCAAGACAAGAAAAACCAUGUCUGGCCGAGCAACAUAAUCCCCCCGUGCCUUUCUCGACCAUUUCAAUGAUUCGUGGCAGUUCAUCACCCACAAUGGCAUCAACGAUAUCAUCGAUCAUCAAAAAAGAAGACAAUGUUACCGCUGUCAAUUAUUCGACAACGAGCACAACUAAUUCAUCAUCAAUAUCAGCUUCGACUAAAGUGUCGCCCCCAUCAUCAUCAUCAAUGUCGCCAUCACCUAAUCAUCAUCCUGCUCAUCAUCCACUUCAUCUUGGUGGUCCACCACCACCAUCGCUCCCACCACCAAUACCGCCCACAUCAUCAUCAUUUAACUUUCCUCCAACAUUACCUCCGAUGCCACCGAUACCAUCGGAUCGAUCCCAAUUCCCAUAUCUAGUACCACCAUUGAAUUUUUCAUCGCCACAUCAACACGAUCCGACUUCGAUGAAAUCGAUCAGUGAGAAGGAUUCCGUUAAUGUUGGUCAAUCGACUGAAACGUUAAAAGGUUCACGUGAUGAUAAACAACGUGAUGGACAAGAAACGGGGAGUAAUAAAUCUGGCAACAGUGGUAAUAAAGGCGAAAGUGGUCGAAGCUUACCCAGUCCAAGAACAUCGGCGCCCAGUUCAUCAGCUCCUAGUUUUCCUUCAUUAGUGCCACCAUUUAUGACAUCACCAAACGAUCCAUUUUUAUUAUCGCAUCCGAAUUUCCCAGGUCUGCCACCCGGUAGUGAUCGUUUGCCUUUCAAUCCAAUCAUGAAUUAUCCACCUGGAUUUCCACCCGGAUUGCCUGGUCUACCGUUUGGUCUGUGGUCUCAGUAUCCUGCAGCGACACGUCUACCACAAGGUGCAUUUCCUUCAUCAUUUUUACCACCACCGCCUGGCUCGACAACAUCUGGUGGUAAUAUCGGCGUUCCAGGUUCUUCGGCUGCUGCUUCACAUUCACCUCAUUCGCAAAUGUCAUCCAAAUCUAAGUCUCCCAUUACAUCGCAAUCGAGUUCACAUCAUGGUUCAUCAUCACAUUUACCAUCAAAUAAAUCCCAUGACAAUAAAGAUGUAUUCGAUCCAAGAAGAGAUUUCUAUCAACAUGAUGAAGAGGAGUUUGAUAGUUCAUUCUUGCAUCGUGGACCUAGUCCAGAACCGAAAAUCGAAGAUAGUGAAUGUCAUCGUAGUCAUUCGGCCAUAUUUUUAAGACAUUGGAAUCGUGGCGAAUACAAUUCUUGUGCACGAACAGAUUUAACAUUCAAACCGGCACCAGAAUCGCAUUUAUCUCGUAGACGAGAAGAACGUGCACGUAAAGCUGCCGAAAAAGAACGUGAAGAGCAUAAGAAAUCUUCGGAAAAAUCUGCCGCUGAAAUGAAAUCCAAUCAUGGAUCGAAUCCACCCGGUAUGGUAGGUGACAAUGCACAUCUCGGUUCGAUGGGUGGUCGUCGUACGCCCAGAAACUUUGACACACCUGCACUUCGACAAUUAGGCGAAUAUGCUCGACCUCAUACAGCGUAUUCACCAUUUUCUCAUCCUUCACUUGGCCAUCCGAUGAAUCCGAAUUUACCUCUUAGUUUACAUUCCUCUGCUGCCGGACCAUCUGGCCAAAUCGAUCAAAUUACAUUGGCACAAUUGAUGCUAAAAGAACGUUUGGAAGCAGAGGAGAAACAAAAAAUGAUGGAAAAACAAAAAGAAAUGGAACAAAUGAAAUCACGUUCACAAUCACAAACACAACAACAUAAUCCAGCACCGCCACCACCACCACCACCACCCACUAUGCCUUCGACUUCUUCAGCCGCUGGAUCGUUGUUCGAUCCACAUUUAUUAGAUAUGCAAAGACGUUUGGCACAAUCGACAGCACCGAGUAUGCCAAACUCUUCUAUGGCCAACAAUCCAAACACAUCAUCAGCAAAUGCAGCCAUGUCACUCGCCGGUACGAAUCCAGGAUUGAAUCCGUUCAUGUUAUUCUCACCAAAUGAACGAAUUCAACAAAUGGCUGCAGCGGCUGAUGCUGCUCGAUUUCAAGCCAAUGCUGAUCGUCUUGGUGGUUUAAGUGCUGAUCAUAUCUUCCGGUUACAAAUGGGUCUAGCCAAUCCCGAUGCAUUACAUCCGGGAGCUUCUGCGCCUGGAUCUGGUGGUCCAGGCCCUUCGUUUCAACAUCCAUCACAUCCAUCCUUGCAUCCAUCGUCUGCCAGUGCUCAGAAUGCUGCAGCAGCGGCAGAACAAGCGGCUGCCGCACAGGCUGCAUUGGCAAAUGCAGCUGCGAUCGGCAUGCCAGGAUCACAAUUUGAUCCGGCAAGUUUACAUGCUGCUGCGGCUGCUGCAGCUGCUGCAGGUCAUCCAUUGCUACAAUCAUCUGCAUAUCCAUCACGUCCGGCUUCGAUCAUACCUAGACCAUCCGAAUUGUCACAACAAUCAUCGUUGUAUAGAUCAUUUGAAGAUCAACUAAAUCAUCAGUUUUCGGCUCAAGCUUUAUCAGCUCAAUCACAAGCAUUACAACAUGAACAAUUUCAACGACAAAUGCUAAUGGAACGUGAGCGUUUAAUAGUACAUCAACAUCAGAUUCUUCAAGAAGAAUUUCUAAGACAACGAGAAGCAGCCAGUCGAAGGCCAAUGUAAAUAAUACGCAUCAAAUUAAAUUUUU